AUGGCGUUAGAACCUGUCUUUGAAGGCGGUGGGUCUUCGUGUAGAUGCAGCUUGCACACAGAUAUUGGUCCUUUUUUCUGUCAGAGUGAGCCCGAGACAAAGAGUUAUGGGUAUGUUGAAGAGGGAGAGGGGGUAUUUUGGCUGCCAAGCGGCUUUGAGGCAAAUGAGCUGUGGAGUUCUAGUGGGCGCAAGGUUCAGAUUGUAUAUGAAGUAAGCGACUCUUGUAAAGAGAGGCAAGGCUCAAAUCUAAUGCUGUUGGUUGUUAGCACCAACGUUUCGGGAUUUAUGUCAUCGCGGACAGUUUGA